UACGCUUCUCUCCGGUUUUCAAUGAUUCUAUCCUUGACUAUGAAAACUAGAUCGGUCAUUAGUAGGAAGGCAGGACAAGGGAGCUUGACUAGGUUUCGGGUCAUGUACUAUACUGUACUGGGAAGUUACGUCCUUUAUAUGUACACACUUAACUCAGGUCACAGCCGGGCAUACCUACUGCUUGAUUCAUGAUCGCAAGGACUCGUCUGCUCGCCACCAGUCGUGCCAUGUCGACCUCGACGCGCUCCUCCGCAUGUCCACUAUCACAAUUUUCCGCUUGUGAAAUAUCAGAUGCCCUCAUAAAGCUCGGAUCUCCAAACGGAGGACACAUCCCAGACAUUCAUAUGCUCUCCCCAAUUUCCCAAGUCAAGAUCUGUGCACCAGCAUACACCGUCCAAAUGGUGCUCGCAUCAGACAAUUCAGCCCCAAAGCUCUCCUCCCAUUUCGUAGAUACCGCACCCCCAGGAUCUGUAGUCGUCGUCAACGCCCCACCUCAAAUAAAGAAUGCAGCUCGGGGAGCUGUCGGUGUCGUCAUCUCUGGACGUUGCAGAGACCUUGCUGAACAUCGUGCAGCGGAUUUCCCCGUCUUUGCGCGUGGUCAUUCGACAGUCGGGCAGUCCCCUUUCGUACGCCCAUCUGGCGUAAAUAUCACCCUCACCAUUCAUCCCAAAGAUGUGGGCGAUGGCCCUGACGCAUUCGCUCCUGUUACAGUGACACCAGGCGACUGGAUCGUUGCAGAUGAAGAUGGGGUCGUUUGCGUGCCAGUAGAUAUGGUAGACAAAGUCGUGGAGCUUGCUCAGAAGGGACAAGAUAUUGAUGCUAAGUGUAUGGCCGAUAUUAAAGCCGGCAAGGGCAUCCAGGCAUCUUUCAAGGAGCACAGAGGCAAAUAG